AAUGAGAUGGCCACUGUGCCUGAAUUGUUCGUGGCGGUCGCAAUGACCGCCAUCGUCGUCAUGGUGACGACGAUUCUCAUCCGCAGGCCCUCUGGACAACCGUCGAAGCUGCUGAAGAACAAAAAGAGCCUAAGUCUGCGCAUCGACGACAUCCCUGCCGAUCAUAUCGACAACCUGGACCACGACCUGGAGUCUAUUUUCAAGGGGGUUCCGGACCUUUGGGGGGCCGCCGGUAAAGUGGUCCGUUCUUUGGUGCGGCAUGGCAACGACUCUUUUUGUGCUACUAUCUCGAUCAUCACAUCGCUCUCCGCAGACGACCUGUCAGGUCAGCUGGGCCGAGCUGGAAACGGUCACCCUUACAGCUUCACCUGCAAAUUCGAGGGAAUCACACCGCUCCACGAGGACAAGAACUGUGUAGAUGUUGACAUCAUCGCAGUACCCGGCCUUGGAGGCCACGCACUAGGCUCCUGGAAAUCCCCAAACAGCGACGACGUCUGGCUACGCGACUUCCUGCCCAAGGACGUGCCCAAUAUCCGGGUGCUGCUCUACGGCUAUGAUACCACGCUGCCAGGCAGCCUCUCGAAACAGUCCAUCGAGGACUUGGGUGGUGCCUUGCUAGAACAAAUUAAUGCCUAUCGCGCGAGAGAUGGGACCUCUCACCGCCCGAUCAUCUUCAUCGGCCACAGUCUCGGCGGCCUACUGAUCAAAGAGGCGCUUGUUCGUGCGCGCAGAAGAUGCAGCGAUGCAAACUCUAUCCUAUCCAAUGCCUCUUGCGGAAUUCUUUUCUUCGGCGUCCCAAACCUCGGCCUACGAAACGACCAGCUGAGGACCCUCGUCCGGGGUCAGCCGAACGAAGCCUUGAUUCACGAUCUUCUCGUCGAUAAAGACUCGGAACCGUCGACCUUCAUGAAGAGACUUGCGGACCAGUUCUCGGAGACCUGCAAGGGUCAAUACCGAGUGGUGACAUUCUUUGAGCGCGUACUCAGCCCAACAUUAGAGGUUGAUCAAGAUGGAAAAUGGCGUAGAUCUGGCCCCGUAGCUUUGCUGGUGACAGAAAAAUCGGCUACCAAUACAGGCUUGGUGGCCGUAGCCGACGAGGACAACAUCCCCCUCAACAGGGAUCAUUCCGGGCUUGUUAAGUAUAGUUCCAGGAGCCAGGGUGACUACACCGUCGUCAGAGAACGACUAAGGAGACUGGUCGAUGAAGCGAAACAUAAGUUUCCUACACGAGUCGCUGAGCAUAAUCUAUCCCAACCCCAGCCAGAGACAACGCAAGCUUGUCUGAGAUCACUAGCCUUUCAUGACAUGGACGGCCGGCAAUAUAAGAUCGACGCCGCUGCUAAGGACACAUGCAAAUGGCUUCUUAGCCACGAAACCCUGAUGCAAUGGACUCGUCAGUAUCGGGGGCUGCUCUGGAUCAAAGGGAAGCCCGGAUCGGGGAAGUCAACCCUACUGAAGUUCGCCCUUCGUGAAGUCCCUACUCAUUAUGGAGCCGGCACGCUGGCAUUUUCCUUCUUUUUCCACGGUCGCGGCCAUGAACUGCAGAGAACUCCGCUCGGUCUCUUUCGAUCCAUCCUGCACCAGCUCCUCAGCCGUGUUCCCGGCGCUCUCCGCGACUUGAUCGAUGAGUUUGAAGCCAAGCGGAAAUCGGUGGGCGAGCCUGGAGAGAAGUGGCAGUGGCAUCUUCAACAAUUGCAGGCUUUUCUUGCGUCUUCGCUUGCGACGAUCCUCAAAAGUUUUCCAGUCGUAGUCUUCAUCGACGCGCUCGAUGAAUGCGGCGAACAACCCGCUGUCGAGUUGAUUGGAUACCUAAAAGAUCUCCUUCAAGAUCUUCCGCCAACGAAUUCUCGAUUCGGCAUCUUCUUCUCUUGUCGCCACUACCCCAUCGUGGAGCUCAACAGCGGAUCCACGAUAUUGCUCGACACCGAAAACAAGUCGGAUAUCACCACCUACAUCCAAACCCGCUUGUCUGGGGGCUAUAUAGAUGCCGAAAUUCAGAGCAUAAUAUCCAAACGCGCCCAAGGUGUUUUCAUGUGGGCACAUCUUGUCGUGGAGCGCGUCCUGCAGUUGAAGCGCCAGGGGGAAUCGCAAUUCAAGAUUAAGACCGAAAUCUGGCGGACCCCCAAAACUUUGGACGACCUGUACCACGGGCUCAUUCAGAGCGUGGAGAAUCACUCGGACGCCUUGAGACUCAUGCAAUGGAUCUGUUUCUCCAUACGACCUCUGACAACGGACGAGCUGCAAUGGGCCAUGGCAGUUCAGCCUGAUCGCACACACAAGUCGCUGGAAGAAUGCCAAAACUCGGAGGACUUCAUCGCCGACGAAAAUGUUGACAGAAGGAUCAAGACCCUGAGCUGCGGUCUCGCAGAGAUCGUACCAUCCACGAAUGCCCCCGUCGUUCAGUUCAUCCACCAGUCAGUCAAGGAUUACUUCGUCGAGCGGGAUAUACGAGACAUUGGAGCCUUCCGAUGA